CCGAGGCGAAGCCGCCGCCGCGGCGCCCGCCCGCCCCGCGGCCGAGGAGGGCCCGGCGGGGCAGCCUCGCCGCCCCCGGAUGGAUUUGCUCUUAAGUAAAGCUGUGCAGAAACUGGGAAGUGCCGCAUCAGAGCUUUUGAAUUUGGACCACUUGCAGUCCUGACAUUCAGAAUCUCAUCCCUAUGGGUGGCAAAGACAAAGAGGCUGGAUGCAGAGGAGGAAGCAUGGUAAAGGCAGCAUCUCUCCAGGAUUCAUGGGCUCUUUGAGAGAUGAUCAGAGGGAGGCCAGAUGACCUGCACAACACACAGAGCACUGUUUCUCCUCUGCAAAGGCAGCAUCGGAGCGUUCUCCCCAGCCCCGCGCCGCCCGGCUUGCCCGAUCGUUUCCGGAUGUUUCGCAGCUGCGAGUGGGAAGUCCUGGAGCGAUCCCUCAAUAUCCUCCAGGCCAGUGACUUCUACUGGGGCCCCUUGUCCGUGGGGGAGGCUCACGCCAAGCUCCAGCGGGAGCCUGUAGGCACCUACUUGGUGCGGGACAGCUCGCAGGGGAACUGCUUGUUCAGCCUGAGCGUGCGGAUGCCCACGGGGCCCGUCAGCCUUCGGAUCUCUUUCCAGGAGGGCUAUUUCCGCCUCAAGAACUGGUUUUCAGACUGCGUGGUCCGCCUGCUGGAGCUGGUGGUGGCGGGGACCCGGAACAACCCCUUGCACUUUGAUGAGAUGGGGGGAACUCCCCUGGUCUUCUCUGAGCCCCUGUGCCGGAGCCGGCGGGCAGUGCCCACCCUGCGAGAAUUGUGCUGCCGGAGCCUCCCUGCUGGUGCCGCCACAGAGGGCAGAGCAGGGCUGGGGGGCUCCUUGGGAAUGUGUCUGAGGGAAGGGGUGUUCUCACCCCUGGACAGACGGGGAGGGUCAGAGGGGAGCAUUGGCCCCAGCCCCUCUCUGUCCUGGGCUAGGAGAUGAUGGAUGCAUAUGGGAGAUGAAAGGAGAUGCCUCUUUUAUGGCUGUGCUGGUGGGAUGUGUGCCACACCAGUGAUGCUGGACUGGCUGCUGGGAGAGGAAGGGGGAGGGUAGAGGGAGCAGAGCUU